AUGAGUUGUGGAGUAAGUGUGGGUAAGAGUGGGUGGUGUGAGCCAUACCGGGCUAACGCCACUCUGGCCUUCUGUCCGCCACUCAAAAGGACUCCUCUUUCGCCGACAAUAGUGUUGUCUCUGAAGGGAAGGGAAUCUAAAUCCUUAUCCAACGCANUAAUAGUGAUAUCAAUAGUAAACAUGUAUUCAUUAAUUCCUGCGAUUCUCAUGUUUUUCAUCAUUUCAUACAUUCGUUCGCUUUAUAUAAAGACUGCGAGAGAUGUCAAGCGAUUUGAAAAUCAAUUGCGGACACCAGUGAUAGACCACUUGAGCACAACUAUCAAUGGUUUGGUCACUAUUAGGGCUCUAAGAGCUGAGAAACACUUUACUAAUGACUUUAAUCGCCUUCAAGACAAUCACACGACUUGUUAUUUCACUAAUAUUGCCACCAAUAGAGCUCUCGGAUUCCUGUUGGAAGUAAUCUACAUAUUCUACGAAACAUUUACUAUAAUAUUCUUAAUGUUCUUCUCUGACGACAUUAACGGCGGAACCGCUGGACUGUUUCUGUUUGUAUCGAUGAAUAUAUCGUUGAGACUUCAAAUAAUGGUCAGAAGAUCAGCUAAUUUGGAGACAUACAUGACUUCUGUGGAGCGGAUCCUUGACUACAGUCAUCUCGAGUCUGAAGUGUCUGAAAGUGCGAACAUGUGUCGACCGCCGGCACCCGAUUGGCCACUCGAGGGUCGCAUUUGUCUCAAUCACGUGAGUCUGAAGUACGACAACGCGACGGAUCCGACACUCGUUGACAUCAAUUGUGAGUUCUUUGGCGGGGAAAGGGUUGGUAUAGUCGGCCGCACGGGUGCCGGGAAGAGCUCAUUACUGGCCGUACUCUUCCGUAUGCAUCAAAUCACUGGAAGCGUUACCAUCGAUGGCGUCGACACUAAGUCUAUACCUCUUCACGAUUUGAGACGAAACAUAUCAAUCAUACCUCAAGAGGCGAUUGCAUUCAUUGGAUCCAUUCGUCAUAAUUUGGAUCCAUUUAGUGAUUACUCGGACGACAGACUGUGGGAAGUGUUAGCAGAGGUGCAGCUCAAGGAUUGGGUGCUGGAAAUGCCCGGACGUCUGGACUAUGAGUUGACCGAAAGUGGAUCUAAUCUAAGCGCAGGUCAAAGACAACUGAUAUGUCUGUCGAGAGCUGUACUGAGGAGGAGUCGUAUCCUUGUCUUAGACGAGGCGACCGCUAAUGUGGACCACAAAACAGAUUCACUCAUUCAGACCGCCAUUAGAGAGCACUUCCAGUCAUCGACGGUAUUGACAAUCGCUCACCGAUUGAACACAAUUAUCGAUUCGCAUAGAGUUCUGGUUAUGGACUCCGGGAGUCAAAGACAACUGAUAUGUCUGUCGAGAGCUAUACUGAGGAGGAGUCGUAUCCUUGUCUUAGACGAGGCGACCGCUAAUGUGGACCACAAAACAGAUUCACUCAUUCAGACCGCCAUUAGAGAGCACUUCCAGUCAUCGACGGUAUUGACAAUCGCUCACCGAUUGAACACAAUUAUCGAUUCGCAUAGAGUUCUGGUUAUGGACUCCGGGAGUGUCCGCGAGUUCGACCAUCCCUUCCAUCUCUUACACAAUGCCAACGGACUCUUCUAUCAGUUGGUCCAACAAACCGGUCCACAAAUGGCCUCACAUUUGAUGUCUUUAGCAAAACAGGCUUACGAUAAGACACACACAUCGGAGGAAUAAUUUUUAUCAUUUAAUAUAAUAACGAAAAAUAAAUAUUUGUUUUAAUUUUCAAUAAAUUUAAUUCACAUUUCAUUCAA